AUGCGUUGGGGUCUUUGCUACGCUAUUGUCGAAACCUUACUUGUGACAUCUUCUAUAGCUGGAGAUGCCAACAAGGAGGGCCUAGAUGUUGUCAAGACAGUAACUCUUCCCAAUGGCCAAGUCAUUGACUGGGUGCGAAGGGAGUCCCAGGGUGAGAUUGCUCACCCGCCACCAUCUUCAUCGUUUGUCAAGUCGGCAAAACUAGCUGUUCAACAUGCAUUUGAUGACAACACACGCGGUCCGGAGGGCACAGUACCAAUUCUGCGAGACAGUGGUAUCAGCAUGCCCAAAAAGCUGCCGCCCAGCUCGUCUAAAAAGUCAUCCCGUAUUUACCCUCGCCAAAACCAAGGUCAACACUGGUACGUGAGUACAUCUGAAGUGGUCGACAACAAUGGCGGCAGUGCCUCUUUGAGCAUGUUCAAGGCAUAUGUCCAGAGCAGCGGUGACUUUUCGCUGCUACAGACGGCUGUGAUCCGGGAGCCCAGCGGUGGUAGUGUUCCAAUCCAAACUCUGGAGGCUGGCUGGAUCAACUAUCCCGAUCAAGUGCGAAACCCUCACCUCUUCACAUUUUUCACCACGAAUGGCUACGGGCAAUCUGGUGACUAUAUCGGCGGGUGGAACACAGACCAGAGAGGUUGGGUCCAAGUCGACAACUCUAUUUAUCCUGGCAUUGAGCUUUCACCACUCUCAGUUGUAGGCGGCGACCAGCACGAGCUCCAGAUCCGGUACAACUUACACAAUGGAAGUUGGUGGCUGGGUAUCAACGACAAAUGGGUGGGAUACUACCCUGCUAACCUUUAUUCGCAAGGCGGAAAUGAUCCUAGUGACACUCUUGAGUCAAAGGCAAACCAGAUUAACUGGUAUGGAGAGAUUUAUCAGUCUGAGUCUGCUCUGACGACUACAGAUAUGGGUAGUGGUCACUUUGCCAAGGAUGGGUAUGGCAAAGCCGCGUAUUUCCACAACUUGAUCUAUACGGACACAAGUGGACGAGAUCAAACUUACGACGGGUCACGAGGCACAAUUAUUAGUGAUGCUAAGCGAUAUACUAUUGAUGCUCAUUGGAACACUGCUGAGGCAUGGGGAAGUUACUUCUUCCUGGGUGGCCCUGGUGCUGGGGGAAAGAUUGGCGGUUGA